AAAGUACGUCGUUGCGUUAUGGUCAUUUAUUUAAAUAAAAUCCAUUAUAUUUACCAUUUAAUUACACGUUAUAUCAUUAAAUAGUCUGUUUAGUGAUUUGAUUGUAGAUUAAAUGGAAAUAUAAUUUAAUUCAUCAAAGAAAGUUGUGGGUUUGUCUCGCUUUCAACCCUUUUAGAUUGUCAACGGUUUCAACCGCUUUUUAUUUAAAGUGCUCCCCCAACCGGAGAGAUGACGGUACUGCAACCUCUGCUGCAGCACAUCCUGAAGUACAAACGAAUCAAGAUCAAUGCUUUUUGAUUUAUAUCUUUAUCGAAAUAUAUGAGAGGACGUAAGAAUGGAGGCCGUUUACACCCAGGGCAUCUGGAUGGCAGAAAGUCUCCAGCAGAGGACGAUAAGUCAAGAAAAAAUGUGGCUAGUUGUCACACAUAUCGGAGAUCCCAAAGCAUCCUUCCUGCUCGUCUUUCCUUUCACAUAUUUCAUCAGCCAACGAGCUGGAGUAGCUGUGCUUUGGGUAACAGCUAUAUCGGAGUGGUUAAACUUGGUGUUUAAAUGGAUGCUGUUUGGGGAAAGGCCAUUCUGGUGGAUAGGUGAAUCACGUCUGUUCGUCAACAAGCAACCCAACGUUCAGCAAUUUUCCUCCACCUGUGAAACUGGCCCAGGCAGUCCGUCGGGACAUGCGAUGGUGACGGCAGCAGCCUGGUGGGUCGUGGUGUCCUCACUGGGGUCAUUUCUGUACUCACGUACUCACAGCAUGGUGUUAUCAGCUACCUACCUGUUCUAUGUCCUAAUGCUGGGGGCAGUUGGAAUCUCCAGGAUCUUUAUCCUUGCCCACUUCCCUCACCAGGUCAUUGCUGGCUCCAUUACAGGUUUCAUUCUGGGGAUUCUGGGCCGCAGAGUACCAGAAGGCCGCCCCCUGCUGUUCUUCUUUAGCUUCAGCAUGGGUCUGCUGCUCAGUACUCUAAUACUGCAUGCUGGACUGCAGCAGCUGGGAAUCGACCUCUCCUGGUCUGUUGCUUUGGCUAAGAAAUGGUGCAGCCACGCUGAGUGGAUUCGUUUGGAUACAGCCCCAUUCUCGUCUCUGACUCGAGACUGCGGGGCCCUUCUGGGUUUGGGGCUGGCCCAGUACUGGAAGCCUGGCGGAUGGUCUCUGCCUUCUCCACGGGCUUUGUCUCUGGCCAUUUCCUCCAUGGGACUGUACCACGUCAAUCGUCUGCCGCUCCCGGUCCGACCACAAGGCCUCUUCUAUAGCCUGUUCUUUGUUAAAUUUGUCAUAGUGCCCCAGAUUGUCAUGGUACUUGUGCCUGGACUGGUUUACCUUUUCACACGCAAAAAGAGGAAGGACUAGAAACCAUUUUCUCUCCACAUUAGGUGUCUUUCACACCUCCAAGGGCGAUAGCUUCCUCCUCAGUUUCUGUAAACAUUUUAAAUGUCUAUUUAAUGUAUUUCAUGUGUACUCUUGUGGAUAAAGGCUAUUGUUAGUCACUGCACAUAGAUUUUUGUCAAGUCAGUCAGUGACUUCAUGUGUUUUUUCCCCCAAUGAGCUUACAUGGGCCAUAAAUGUAAGGAUUGAUUUUUAAUUUACUGAACACUUGCAGUAAAUUAAAAUGUGUACAUAGAAUAGUACAUGUUUUUUGCGGGGGAGAUAGGCACUUUUGAGGUAUUGCAAAUCAGAAACUAUCAUUUGUGUUUUGAAAUGUUGCCUGAGAAAGGAUGUUAAAAAAACCCAUUGUGCUCUGUCGGAUCAUUUGUAAUCACUCCGUUAGCAACGUUUCAGCCCUGGUAAAAGAUAAAUGAGCUCUUUUUUCCAGUCAAGAAUUUUUGAUCCUAUCAUCAAGACUUUCUGUUGUGCAAAAACAUUGCUUUUGUGUAUGUUACACAAGAAAGGUUCGAAAGAACACUCCACUAAUUUAGCAUUUCACUCGUGUAACAUUGUCGGACUCACAGAGAGACCGUAUUUUUUUUAUUCCACCUAUUCUCCUUGUCAAAACCUGGCACCUAAAUUACCCACAAUGCAAAACACCUACCAACUGUUCGGUUUGGAGAUUCAGGUGUGUUAUGCUAAUAGCAGCUAAUUUACUGUAGCCUCAAGCAAAGAAGAGGAGCGGGCUAUAGACUUCUCCACACCCCCAGAUAAUUUUCAUUUUCAAACUUGUAGUCUUCAGCCCCCUUCACAGACUGAACUUGAAGCAUUUUAUCUUUUAGAGCCACAAAAGGCAUUAUACAACGUUUUGCACUUAUGCAGUAGUAUUACCCCUAUAAAUAGACUUUGAUGUGUGAAAUGGUUGGAGUUCACCUUUAAAAUGGCACAACAUGAGCAGUAACAAUCUGUGUAAAAUUCAACAAAGAAACAUAAAAGCACUUUCUUCUGGUUGAACUAGUGCUCAUACUUGGGUUAAACGGUCAACAGGCGUAUGUCGAUGUAAGUUAUAUGAACACAAUAUAAUGAAAUCCAACAUAACACCAUUAAUAGCUUUACAAAUGUAGUAAUUUUGGGAGCAUUAUAUUGUACAGAAGUUUGUUACUGUGGACACACUGGUGUUAUCUAAAAUAACCAAAUUCAAAAA